UAGUGCAUUUUGGUGUUUUAGCCACCACACCUAAAAAAUCCCUUCCUGCUCCUUCCUUGAAUUUCACUGAAGCCAAUCCAACAAAAAAAAAAAUAAUCUUUUGUAUCCCCAGUCUUCCAAAUCUCUCUAGAUUAAUCUUCCAAUUCAGAAUCAGUGAAAUGGCGUCCAAUCAGGAGGAGCAGGACAUGGAUCAAGACCAAGAUGGAGGAACAACGGACCUCAGCACCAGCGAUGUCGACGCAGACAAAGCCUUAUCCCAAAGCACCAACCUCAAUGGACUUCAACAACACUUCCAAGACAAAGCCAUAGCCUUCCAAGCCUUGCCGCUCAAAAACGAGCCAACGGAUUCCGACCCUGACCCGGACCCCAACGCGCCCAAUCCUCCUCCACCGCUGCCGACGAUGCAGCUUCAGCUCAAAUCGCCCAGGCGCUCCUCCACCAAGGACCGCCACACCAAAGUCGAAGGCCGAGGCCGCAGGAUCCGAAUACCCGCCACCUGCGCCGCCCGGAUCUUCCAACUGACCCGAGAGCUGGGCCACAAAUCCGACGGCGAAACCGUCCGGUGGCUCCUCGAGCACUCCGAGCAGGCCAUCAUAGAAGCCACCGGCACAGGCACGGUGCCAGCCAUCGCGGUCUCUGUCGGCGGCGCGCUCAAAAUCCCAACGACCUCGAGCGCCAACCAAAACAGGGGCGAAGAAGGCGCGUCUAACAAGAAACGGAAACGCCCUUCUAACAGCGAGUUCGUGGACAUAAACGAUACCGUUUCGCAGACGUCCGGUCUGGCCCCGGUUCAAGUACCCCAAGGACUGGUCCCGGUCUGGGCCGUUAGUAACCCCAGCAUGGUUGUCCCCGCCAACACGUUCUGGAUGAUCCCGCAGGCCGCGACCACCAGGAACCCCUUGGGCGGAGUUACGGGCCCCUCCAGCCACCAGCCUCAGAUAUGGGCCUUAUCUCCCUCCGUGUUGAACGUGGCGGCCAGGCCCAUAUCGCCUGUCGUGACAACAACGAAUAUUCCAGAAGCUUGGUCCGUCAUGACGGCCUGCUGUAACGGUUCAAACUCAGCAGCGGUGAGUACGAGCACUGUGGGAGCUAGGUCGUCUACCAAUUCCAGCAUGGCCCCUAGCGUUCCUUCCAGCGCCACCAAGACUCAGACGCUGAGGGAUUUUUCCCUCCAAAUUUACGACAAGCAAGAGUUGCAGUUCUUGGGCCGGUCUGGCCCAAACGCCAACCCAUGAGAAACACGUUAAUCCAGCAUUAGGAACCUUUUUUUUUUCUUCUUUUGUUUAGAGUUUCUCUUGAAUAAAUGUGAGCAUGUGCAAAUAAUGGAGAGUGACCAGUGUUGGUGGUGUUUUCGCAGUUUUAACUGGUAGUGAUGAUUGCCAUGUUUGUUUUCCG